CUGUUGCACAAAUAACACACCCAACACCUCUACACUUUUGACGUGGCCGGUGAAAUCCGCCAUCUUGUGGAAACGCCUUGGAGAGGAAGAGAGAGAGAAGCUGUGAUUUCCUUGGCCAGUGUUGAAUAUAUCAUCUUUCAGCCAUGGGGAAUGCUUUUCAAUCCCUCUUCAGAGGCUUGUUUGGUAAAAAAGAAAUGCGAAUUCUUAUGGUGGGUCUCGAUGCUGCUGGAAAGACAACAAUUUUGUACAAACUUAAACUUGGUGAAAUUGUAACUACUAUUCCCACUAUAGGUUUUAAUGUAGAAACUGUAGACUACAAGAACAUUAGCUUCACAGUGUGGGAUGUAGGUGGUCAGGACAAAAUAAGACCCCUGUGGCGUCACUACUUCCAGAACACACAAGGUUUGAUCUUUGUGGUGGACAGUAAUGACAGAGAAAGAGUAAAUGAAGCGAGGGAAGAGUUAAUGCGAAUGCUGGCAGAAGACGAGCUUAGAGAUGCUGUCCUCUUAGUAUUCGCUAACAAGCAGGACCUUCCAAAUGCAAUGAAUGCAGCAGAAAUUACAGACAAGCUUGGACUACACACUCUCCGUCACAGGAACUGGUACAUCCAGGCAACAUGUGCCACCAGUGGGGAUGGUCUAUAUGAAGGACUAGACUGGUUAUCCAAUCAGCUUCGAAGCCAGAAAUAACUUUCCCACUCCUAUCUUUAUCUCCCUGUUUCCUUCCCCCUUCUCCUGCUUUAUUCUCUAAUGUGGCAAACUGUGCUACUUUGUGGUAUUGAGUGCCGGAAGCUGACCGCAUUUCAAUUAUUUUGUCACAAUGUGUAUCAAGUCACACUUUUUAGCUUUUGGGGGGACGGGACAAGUUUGAAAGCAAAGUUAGGUUUCUUAUUUAAUGUAAAUAGUCAUUUUUUUGUAAUGACACAGUUUCUGGCACUCCUAUGCAAUAUUUACUCAUCCUUCUGGUGUUUUUUUUGGUAAUAGUUUUGACUGACGUACAUGUAUGUAGUACUAGAAAGAGGAUUUAAGAUACACUUUCUCAAACACCCAAUACAUAUUUCUUAUGGUUGUGCAAUGGAGCCCUGUUGCCAUCCUCUGGUGUGUGAUGUCUGUGUGGUGAUUUUUAAUUGAAUGUUGGUUUUUAACCUAAAGUACUGUAUGACUGGUGCAGUCUUGUAUUUUAUCAAACACUGAAACAUAAGGAGCCAGCAUAAAUGCACAGAUGUACUACUCAAAACAAGAGAUGGUUUAAUUUAUAUGUCCUAAUUAGUCAUGUUUUCCAUUUGUAAAUUAUUAAAUACCUGGCAUUCCCUGACUUAUUUUGUAGUUACCAUGUAAUAAUUUGACUCCAGUCUGUAACACCAGUGCCAUGAAGGAGGUAUAAAGUGUCAAGCUAAAGGCAGUUUAGACAUUACUUUUACUGAGAUGUGCAAUUUUUAGACUGAAGAAAGGGGCUUGCACUUGAAUGUUUUUUCACCCUUCACCAUACAGAGGUCAGAUUGAACAUAGGCAUGGUGGAUAAAGAAAGUAAUUGUUGUAAGUGUAGAAAUUGAACGUAGUUUAGCCCCCAAAUGUAGUUGCUAUACACCACUCCAGAGAAAAGGCUUUACCAGCAGGCCACACCGCUUACACUGGUCCUGGCUCAAUUCUGCAAGAGACAAUAGUACUGUACCUGUUACUGGAUAAUAUGCGGUUAAGUAAAGCCUAACACCUUUUAUAAAUGGUGUGUAAGAAUAAAAGAAAGAAUGUUUGCAAGUCAUUCCAUUGUAUGAUUCUAACCCUGUGUCUCCAUUAAAAUGACAUCGCUCAUGCUGCAAGGUCAGAUUUGCUCUCAAAGGCCUCAUAUUUUUUUUUUUUUAUUUUCUUUUCUUGUUUUGAUCAAUGCUGAAGAUGAUAGAAUUGUCUGAAAUUAAUUUGUGAGUCUAUCGGUGGGUUUGUUUCACGGUGUAGGUUCCCCCCCCCCCCCCCCCCCCAUCAAUUACACAAAUACCAAUCAUUUUUUUAUGUACACUUGUUUUUUUUCAUUGACAGUAAUUAAAGCUUUUAGAAUAAAAUAUCUUAAGGUGUUCCAAAGCUCGUUUAUUUGUUAUAUGAUUAUUUGACUCGUACAAAUGUUCAAGAAUAGACGGCCAUGCUAAAAUGCCUGGUGCUACCUCAUAAAUUAUUAGUGUAUGUGAUCGAUUAUAUAUAUUUUUUAAAAUGAGCUCUUAGCAAUGACUGCCUCACCAGGCAACACGCUGGCUAUUCAAAAACCCUCUAUUGUCUCAGCAGCUAAUACAACCAUCAGAUCUGUGUUCAUGGAUUUUAAGGUAUUCUACAACUGGAAAUUCCUUUGUCAUUACAACACAAGUUAAAUUCCAUCAUUUUGAUUAUCUGGUCCUGGUAACAAUGUGAAGUCCUGUGAUUUAUUUCUGUUCUGCAUUGCAAGUAAUACAGAGAAGCUUAAACCAGAAUUUUAUCUAUCUACACACACAUUUAAAAAUGUUAUUCAAAUGGUCAAUGAAACCCAUUUCAUAAAUUAAAAGGUAUGUUUUAUAUGAAUCCAGUGUUUACAGACCCCCUGCCACCCCUGCCAUUUUUCCUUUUGGUUUUAUCCUUUUUAGUUUCAGUUGGAUUUGUGGCAAUGACUUCCAUACAUUCUGUGAACUUUUAAAUGGGAAAGCACAAAUCCUCUCUUUAGUUUUGAUUGCACACUAGACCAGGGCUUCUCAGACUCGGUCCUGGGGACCCCCUGUGUCUGCUGGUUUUUGUUCUAACUGAGCUCUCAAUUACUUAACUAUGCAUUUAAUUGAACUGAUAAUUUGCUUAGACCUUUUUAUUUGUUUUCAGCCCUUAACAGUUGCAGUUUUCAAGUUAGCUAUAACAUUUUAUCAUUAACUUGAACUCUGCAACUUUAAAAGCUAAAAGCAAUUAAAGAGGUCUAAUUAAGCAAAGUAUUAGUUCAAUUAAGGGUUUUGUUAAGUUAUUGAGAACUCAGUUGGAAUAAAAAGCAGAAGACAUAUGCCCGGGUUUGAGAACCACUGCACUAGACUAUUUGCUAUCUUUGAAUUUAGGAUUUUAGAUUGCCAAUGUUAAGAUAUAUAUAUUCUUUAAUGGAAUUUUUCUGAACUCCUAAACCAUCUUUAACAAUAUCGCGGGGCGGGGGGCAGGCUUAGUAAAAGUUGUCUUCAGGUGUUACAAAAUAUCAGCCAUUUACUGUACAAACUAAUUUGGUGGGAAGGGAGGCUGUAGGGCAGUAUGGCAACUUACCAAUGAUCUAGCCUACAGUAAAAGUGAAAUGUGCAUGUUUUGCCUAAAAUAACCAUUGAGUGAUGUUAUAUAAUGAUGUUCUUUUGUAUAUCUGACCGAGAUGAAUAAAGGAAGUCCUUUGCUAUCA